AUGGCGGAGAGCCCGGCGGCCGAGGACGCGGCCCCGGCCCCGGCCGCGGUGCUGGCGGCGGGCGGCGGCAGCGCCUCCCCCAGCGCCGCCGGAGCCGCGGGGACCCCCGGCGUGUUCAUCCCCGCCGAGCUCUGGGCGGCGGCGGGGUUCGGCGCGGCCGCGGCGCCCGGCAGCGGCGUGGCCCCCGGUAGCGGCGGCGGCGGCGGCGCUCCCAUGGCGGCGGCGGCGGCGGGGGCCGCGCUCCUCACGCACUCCGCCUUCUGGGACCCCACGGUCAGCGGAGACUGGGACAGCGAGCGGCCCAGCCCGGCCUGCCUGCUGCGGAUCAAACGGGAUAUCAUGUCCAUCUACAAGGAGCCGCCGCCGGGAAUGUUCGUUGUGCCUGAUCCCCACGACAUGACCAAGAUCCACGCUCUGAUCACGGGUCCCUUCGACACCCCGUACGAGGGCGGCUUCUUCCUGUUCCUGUUCCGCUGCCCCCCGGACUAUCCCAUCCACCCGCCGCGCGUCAAGCUCAUGACCACGGGCAACAACACGGUCCGGUUCAACCCCAACUUCUACCGCAACGGCAAGGUCUGCCUCAGCAUCCUGGGCACGUGGACAGGCCCGGCCUGGAGCCCGGCCCAGAGCAUCUCCUCGGUGCUGAUCUCCAUCCAGUCCCUGAUGACAGAGAACCCGUACCACAACGAGCCCGGCUUCGAGCAGGAGCGGCACCCCGGGGACAGCAAGAACUACAACGAGUGCAUCCGGCACGAGACGAUCCGCGUGGCCGUGUGCGACAUGCUGGAGGGGAAAUGUCCCUGCCCCGAGCCCCUGCGGGGGGUGAUGGAGAAAUCCUUCAUGGAAUAUUUGGAUUUCUACGAGGGCGUGUGCAAGGAGCGGCUCUACCUGCAGGGCCAGAGCAUGCAGGACCCGUUCGGGGAGAAGCGCGGGCUCUUCGAUUACCAGGCGCUGCUGGGGCGGCUGCAGGCGCUGCGGGCGCGGCUCCAGGAGCGGCUCCAGCCCGACAGCGCCGACAUGGACUCGGACAGCAGCUCCUCAGAGCCCGAGCCGGACACUCAGGCCUGCCCCAAAGCCUAAAGCCAGCCCUAGGCCGGGCCUAAGGACUGCAGAGCAGCCGGGCUCGGGGCGGGAGAGCCGCGGGAUCCUCCCCUCCCUGCUCCCACCCUGCCCCAGCCACGGGGAUUCCUGCAGGAGAAUUCCCAAAGAGAGGAUUCACUGAAAGAGAGGAUUCCCAAAAAGAGAAUUCACUGAGAGAGAGGAUUCCCAAAAAGAGAAUUCACUGAAAGAGAGGAUUCCCAAAAAGAGAAUUCACUGAGAGAGGAUUCCUAAAAAGAGAAUUUCCUGGGAGAGGAGAAUUCCCAAAAAGAGAGAAUUCCCAAAAAGAGAAUUCCUAAAAAGAGA